AUGUACCGGGCCAGAUCCUGCGGCGUCGUGGCGACGUCAGCAGCAGUCCCCCGUGUCCACACUUCUCUCGUCACACUCACCCGUUGCUACACGCCCAUCUACGCUCCUGAACCGGCUACCGACAACCUUGGCGCCCUCCGCAGCACCGACGAAUGCCGCACUUUGUGGGCUCAGCACAUUCCUGUGCCGUCAAUGACGCGCGCCAUCGAGCUGUGGCUGCGCUUCGGCAAUGACCCAGUCGUUCACACUGCUACCCCCUCUGCAUCAGUGGAGGGGGCACCAGGGGAUGCAGCGCCGUCGUCGACCUCGCCCUUCGCCUACGUGGAGGACUACAUGGGGUCGAACAUGGUCACUGGCACACCGGAGCACGUUAAAGAGAGCGCUGAGCUGUGGUCAGCGUACUUCGAGGCUAAGUACGUACGACGUAUGCGCCAGUCACGGCGCACAUCAAAGCAGUACGUGGGUGUGCUUGGCGCGGUCGACGGAGGUCGUGGCGCGGGCAACGGCAGCGGUGGCAGCGCAUCCUCAUCGCUAGCCAGCCUGUUUCUCGAUGAAGCCGAUCACCCGAAUACCAAGUGGGACGCCGACACGUUCUUCUGCGAGGUUGCCUACCUCGUCGAGCGUCAUCUCAAGGUGAAGGCGACGAACUACCUGCAACUCGAGAAGCUUCUCUGGUGCGGCACAACAAAGCCGGAUGCGUUUGUGCAGUUCUUUGAGGCCUUCCAGCAGCAGACUGUCACCCGCAUCCCCCUCCCCGUUCCGUCCAUCUGGGUUUACGAGAGCACGGAGGCGAAGAGGAAGUGGGCUGAGCGCUACCUGCCAGCCUGCAGCUCUGCGCAUCACUUCUUCCAGGAGAAGCUGCGGCCCCACGCUGUCGACGCAACUGCACAGGCGAAGCUGCUGGCUGACGUCGUGGCCGCCUACAAGCAGGUGCACGCUAUCCUGCUGGAGCGCCGCGCACGCCAGAUCCAAGCAGGCUUGUACCCCAGCACGUGGACGGGUGGCAGCGCAGCUGCCGCAGCGGCGGAGGAAGCCUGGGCGGCGAACGAGGUAGAGAAGGAGCAGCGCCGCACGGACGAGGGCAUCUACGACCCCGAAGACCUCCUCGACACCACCACUGAGUGGGCCGCUGAGCACGCGAGGAUUCAGGCAGUCCUUGAGCGACCUCUCACCAGCAGCGGCAGCGCUGGUGAGAAGUCCUACGGCUUCUCCCUGCAGGACUUCUGGAUCCACACGGAGCGCAGAGAGGCGCUGGAGACGGUACAUGUUCUCGAGUCUGAGUCCCUCACCCGUGUCGCGGCCGCCGCGCGCCGUCGGCUCUAUAGCGAAACGCUGUUCCACGAUGUCCUCGCAGGGUUGGAGGAGAGUGUGGCCAAGGCACGCCUCGACAUACGGGCGGCGGUGCUGAAGCCGCACUUCAACAGCGUGUGGUGUCGCAUGCACUACGUUAAGUUUGGCGCUGCUUCACUCGUGCAGCACACCCAUACGGCGAGCCGGCAGCUGCUGUUUCACUACGCCGCCUCGGUGCAGGAGGUGGCGGCUACAGCCGAGAUGUACUACGCCACGAAGCCCUUGAGCAGUCAGCUGGACUACGCAUCGCCGUACACCUUUCGCCGCUCUCUGGCGCAGCACUGCUCUCGCUAUGGGGUUGAAAUGGCGCACGCAGCGCAGCAGCCGCUGCUGCUCAGCGCCGCCUACCUCGCUAAAGCGGAGGGGGCCAUAGGCCGCGUUGUGCGGCAGGCGGCCGCCCCGUUCGGCGUGCGUCGUCGGGCACGGUACAACGCAGCCAAGGUGAACAAUCAGCGUCUGCUGAACCCUGUCAAGUCUGUGCAAGUGACAGCGCCGGCGCCGGAGCUGCUCGCUGCCGGCGCUGACCCGUUCACCGUAUUACGGGAGGAGAAGAUGCCCAAGGCGAAGGAAGCCGGGGACGCUCUCAAGGUAUGGCCACUGGGCUCGCGGCAGACAGUGUCAUACGACUGGAUGUCCCCUGCGCUGGACAAGCUGCGCCUCCUGCGCCUCACGGAUGGUUCCCUCACGGCGGCGCAGGCCACGCAGCGAGAUCAACUGCAGCAGGCGGGGCGACUCGAGAUUUCAAUGUGGAGGCGGCGCACCGCCGAAGAGCGUCAACGGGCGCGCGUUCAGGCGCAGAAGGAAGCGGCUGACGUUCAGGCGCUCAUGGGCGAAACGCCGGCCCUCCAGGAGGUGUCAGCGUACGCUACGCACCUCUACACCAAGCUCACCCGUGAGCAAGGGCAACAACAGCAGCAGUCGUACAGCGACGCGGCGUCGACACCGCAGGCGUUGGACGAGACCAAUGAGGAGUGGGUCUUUGCCGUAAUGUUGGACGAUAAUGUAUCGCUCUCGGAGACGCAGUUAAGAGAGGUGUUUCUCCCGUUCGUCGAUGCAGCGGGCCGGCGCCUGCCAAACGGCGAAUACCGCGUGGUCGUGCGCGCCGUGGACCGUGAGUUAAACCCGACCGAGCACCCAACGCUCAUGAGCGAUGCCGCCUCCGCUCCCUUCUCCGUUGUCGACGCGCUCCCGCAGCUCUACAUGCAGUACACGCAGCACCAGCCUGCUGCCAGCAAGACUGCAGGAGCACCGGCAGAGGCGCCGCUUGAGGGCGACAUGGCAGGCAAGGAUUUAAUGCCGUUCUGCGCUUUUCUUCGUGAGGCUGGUCUGCACGUCUCGCUCAGUGCCGAGUUCGCCAUGGGCCAGUCCUUGGACAAGCAGGGUAAUGUGUCGAUGGCGGAGGUAGCGGCUAUCCUGCGAGGCACGGAGUACCACCGUAGUCAGUGCGAGCACGGCAUCACCGACGCCCAGCGCGCCAUUGAGCCGCAGUGCCGUCUGCAUUGGUCUCUCUACCACCCAGGCGCCACGGAGCAGGAGUGGGCAGCAGCGCGGCGUCGUGUGCUGCAGCGCGCCAUAGCAGAGGAGCGCGACUGGUGGCUGCCUGACCCUAUGCUGGAGGUGGUGGAUGUGCGAACCGACAGUGCAAGUGCAGCGUCCUUCUCGUUCGACGCCUACCCUGCUGUUGCACGAUAUGGCACGGAGCUGUGCACAGUUCUGCUUGCACAUGGCUCGAAUCACAUGGAGUACGCCCUGUUGCCCCCAGCCCCCGGGGGGAAGGCCACGACGUGUAGCACCGGCACACAGGUGCAGGCCGAAUGCACCGUGGACGGAACCGGUGCCCUCGUGUCGCUGCAUUACGGCGCACCCAUCAGCACGGCGGACGUCACGGUCGAAGAUGCGUUGGGAGCAGCCAUGGAGGCCAUACAAGUGGCGCAGGCUCGGCACAACACGCUGUCGAUGGUGAAGCUGAGCGCCUUUGAGAAGCAGGCACAGGCAAUGCUUUUCUGCGGCAUUCAUGGCUUGGAGUUUGGCGGCAAGUACGGCCGUACGUACGCAUAUGCCUUCGAUAAGGCAAAGCGCGAGAUGGCCGAGACGGCCGAGGUGGGCCACGUCGCAUCGCUCCAGGCUGCCGACGCCGAGAAGCUACGACUAUCAGAUCAGGAGGCGACGUCGCCUGCUGUUGAUCGUUUCGCAUCACAGACGAACCCUGAGCAACGCCUGACCCGCUUCGCGCCGCGCUCGACCAUGAGCGGCUACAGCAUGGAGGAUGUAGGCCCCAGCCAGACGUCUACCUGGGGCCUGUAG